GUUUGUGUAUGUUUUGUAGGGGCGCUUAAGGCAGAAUGUACCCGUAUUAUGAGAGCGAGUGGAGCGUUUUGCCCCCAGAACUCAACAGAAGGUUCAACCCGGCCUUUAACAUGGCCACGAUCAAGCAAGCAGUGAACGAAGCCAUCGAGCGAGUCCGGAUGCCCACCCCCAUGCGCCUGCGGGACCUCAUCCGCCAGAUCCGGGCGGCGCGAACCGCCGCCGAGGAGCGCAGCGUGGUCAACAAGGAAUGUGCGUACAUCCGCUCCACCUUCCGCGAAGAGGACUCGGUCUGGCGCUGCCGGAACAUCGCCAAGCUGCUCUACAUCCACAUGCUGGGGUACCCGGCGCACUUCGGCCAGCUGGAGUGUCUCAAACUGAUCGCGAGCUCGCGCUUCACGGACAAACGGAUCGGCUACCUGGGGGCCAUGCUGCUCCUAGACGAACGACAAGACGUCCACUUGUUGAUCACAAACUGCCUCAAAAAUGACUUGAAUUCCACCACGCAGUUCGUCGUGGGGUUGGCGCUGUGCACUCUGGGGGCCAUCGCGUCCCCAGAAAUGGCGCGCGAUUUAGCCGUGGAGGUCGAAAGACUAAUGAAGUCGCCGAAUGCAUACAUUAGGAAAAAAGCGGCCUUGUGCGCUUUCCGAAUUAUCAAACGAGUGCCUGAACUAAUGGAGAUUUUCUUGCCAGCGACGAGGAGUUUGCUCUCGGAAAAGAAUCACGGGGUGUUGAUCACCGGGGUUACCCUCAUCACGGAGAUGUGUGAAAAUAGCCCCGAUACUUUAAAUCACUUCAAAAAAAUCGUUCCGAACCUGGUCCGCAUCUUAAAAAAUCUAAUCCUGGCCGGCUACUCCCCCGACCACGACGUCUCCGGCGUGAGCGACCCCUUCUUGCAAGUAAAAAUCUUGAAACUCCUCCGCGUCCUCGGCCGCAACGACGCCGACGCCUCCGAAGCCAUGAACGACAUCCUAGCUCAAGUCGCCACCAACACCGAAACGAGUAAAAACGUUGGCAACACGAUCCUAUACGAGACUGUCUUAUCCAUAAUGGAUAUCAAAUCCGAGGGCGGCUUGCGAGUGCUCGCCGUCAAUAUUUUAGGGAGGUUCCUGUUGAACAACGACAAGAACAUACGCUACGUCGCGCUGAAUACUUUAUUGAGGACGGUCCACGUGGACACGUCGGCGGUGCAGAGGCACAGAUCGACGAUCUUGGAAUGCCUGAAGGACCCGGAUAUUUCGAUCAGGCGGAGGGCGAUGGAGUUGUCCUUCGCGUUGGUCAAUUCGCAGAACAUCAGGACGAUGAUGAAGGAGUUGAUCACGUUCUUGGAGAAGGCGGACCCGGAGUUUAAGGCGCAUUGUUCGUCGAGCAUCGUCUUGUCGGCGGAGAGGUUCGCACCGAACAAGAGGUGGCAUUUGGAUACGUUGUUGAAAGUAUUGAUUGGGGCCGGCAACUAUGUGCGCGAUGACGUCAUCUCCUCCACAAUCCAAUUAAUCUCGGAAAGCACCAAUCAGCAACCUUAUAUGACCUUGCAACUCUACAAGGCUUUAUCAGAAGACUUGAUGGACAAGCAACCUUUAACUCAAGUAGCCGUCUGGGCUAUAGGGGAGUACGGCGACCAGCUGCUGCAAGCAGCCGUCGACGACGACUCCAACGUGACUCCCCCGACGGAGGACGAAGUGAUCGAUCUAUACCAGAAGUUGCUGUGGUCUCCGCAGAACUCCACCACGACUAAACAGUACGCUUUGAUGUCGUUAACAAAACUGAGCACUAGGUUCACGGCUACUAAUAACAAAAUCCAACAAAUUAUCAGCUCGUUUUGUUCGAGUUUGCACAUAGAGCUGCAGCAGAGAGGCGUCGAGUUUUCUCAGUUUUUCGGGAAGUAUUCGCACUUGCGACCUUCUCUGCUGGAGAGGAUGCCCCCGAUGGAGCUGGUGCGGCAGAGCGCCGAAACACACACGAACGGCGACGUGGAAAGUGAGGUCAAGACGCCUGAAGACAGCCCCCAGCAUAUUAACAACGAUUCGAACGCUCUUCUGGAUCUGUUGGUCGAUUUCGGGGGCACGCCUCCAGCGCCACAACCGGCCACCACGACAACCACGACUAGCAACAAAGUAGACUUAUUAGAUCUUUUUAAUGAAAUGGAUAAUAUAGACACGCCAGCCUUACAAACUAUUCCUUCGACCGAUACGACAAAUUUGGGCUUGAUUGUAGAAAAUAACAACGGUAGUUUGCCUAUUGUGAUUAACCAGAACUCGAAUUUCAGGGGAGAUUUGUUAAGUAACUCUAAAACUGUGAAUGAAAAAGACGUGCCUACGAUCACGGCUUACGAUAAAGACGGACUGAGAAUGUCUUUUUCGUUGGAAAAAGUGCCAGAUAGUAACACUUUGACGAUACACGUGGUAGCUACCAAUCAGAUGUUGUCGCCGAUGACGGACUUCUUGUUCCAAGCUGCAGUUCCUAAGACAUUCCAGUUGCAAAUGAUGUCCCCGUCGGGGACCGUUAUGGGUCCAAAUGGACAAAUCACGCAGGUGUUGAAAGUAACAAACCCAAAUAAGAGCACACUAAAAAUGAGGAUAAGGUUGUCGUACACGGUGGACGGUAACCCGGUGCAGAUCCAAACGGAGGUAAACAACUUCCCGACGGAGAUUUGGGAUUGACGGAAAGCUGGCUAAUCUGUGAAUUUUCUCAUACUGUUACAUAUUUAUAAAUAUACAUACAAGUCUAUUUUUUAUUGUAGACUGUAUAACUGAAAUGUAAUAUUUUCUAUAAUUAGAUUUAGUUAUUUUUAGUGAGACACUGUAAAUACUUGUUUUUAAUAUCGAGUACUUAAUUAUUUUAGGCACUUUUUUCAUUAGAACUUUUCAUAAUUGAA